AUGAUCUUUAUAUUGCAGACAAGAUCACUAAGACUGCCCGGCGGUCUUAAGUAUUUGGGCCAGGAUACGGCGCUCACUUGUCUCCACCUCAUUUCUUGCUUCAUUUCAGUCGCAUCUGCUGACGGCUCCUUCUUCACUGGCGAGCUCGGUCAGGCCGUGCAAACUUGUCGAGCUUGGCUGUCGCUCGCCUGCAAUCUGGUUCACUCAUGCCGACCCGUCCGCCGCAUUCUUCCCAAGAGGCCUUUGCGCCGCUCCGAACGCCCCUCCAAUGCCUUAGUAACCACUUCUGCUACUUCCGUUGCCAUGCCAAGCGUUACUAUGGUCGAAGUAACUAAGCCCAGUUCUUGCAAUAGAGGGGCGCAUUCCUCACCUUCGGAAGGUGUUCAGAGGGGAGCUGACUUUCUCUCUCCCCUUAUUUCUCCUCACUCUUCGGUACUCUCUUCUUCGUACGCUUCACUGCCUCCUUCUUUAACCUCACCUUCAUCCUCCUCUUUCUUAUCCUGUUCGUCUCCUACAGACCUUCAUUCGCCAACAUUCUCCUCUUCGCCUGCCCUCCAUUCACAUUCAAUCCCUCUCUCCUCUCCUCCCACCUCCUCAUCCUCCUUUUCAUCUGCCCUGUCUAUUUCUUCUGAUCACUCGGCGAACAGGCCGAACUGGGCAGACCAAAUCUCGCCCUUACUAGCAGAUCGGCCCCGUUCGGAGCUGAUCGCUAACACACCUGAUUCUCCUGUUGUCACUUCGACGCAAAGUCAACCUGGCUGCCCAGCCUUCCGAUGGAUCCAAGCCCUAGGCCCCUCAGCUCGACAGUUGCAAUAUAUUCAUGUGGGUUUGGUGAGCAUCUCUGAUUGGAUGCAACGGAGUGCUUUUUUGGUAGACUUAAUGGGCGCACCUGGUCCGAAGUUCUCUACCAUAGUAAUCAUCAUAAUUCCCAGCGUCGGACCGUGGACUUGGUACAUUCCAAGACGCUUCGCCGGCAUCGUCAGUGAGUCUUAUCAUCCUCAGCACCAAGCUGCAUCUCGUCAAAUAGACAAGUGA